AUGGCCACUCCACACCCCACUCAGCGAGCCUUCAUUGCUCUUGGAAGCAACUUGGGAGACCGUGUAACUAUGAUCGAAGAAGCCUGUAGAGAGAUGGAGGCGCGAGGCAUUAAGAUCAGGAGAACUAGUUCGCUUUUUGAGACUGCUCCCAUGUAUGUUGUGGAUCAGGGGGCUUUCCUCAAUGGGGCAUGCGAGGUUGAGACUUCAAAAAGCCCCAUGGAAUUACUCGAUACCCUACAAUCGAUAGAGAUUGACAUGGGAAGACGCAAGGUUAUAGAUAAGGGCCCUCGUAACAUUGACCUGGAUAUCCUUCUAUAUGGCCAUGAAACCGUCUCCAACGACCGGUUAAUAGUUCCCCAUAAGCUCAUGCUCGAGCGAGAAUUUGUCUUACGUCCCCUCUGCCAACUGAUACCCAAUGAAUACCACUUGACCGAGGGGAAAGGCAAAACAUAUUUUUCCCACUUACAAGCUCUUCCUCCAUCUAACCCUCCCCCCAUAGCGAUGAUACCAAUGCCCGCAGGUCUUCCCCCAAUCACCCCUACAAAGCCCUCCCGUAACACUCUUCUAAUGGCGGUCCUCAACGUCACACCAGACUCCUUCUCCGAUGGCGGGAUCCACUCUUCCACAGACCCAACUGUGCUCCUUGAAACAGUCAAGACAUACAUAGAUGCUGGCGUCUCCAUUAUCGAUGUGGGAGGCGAAAGCACCCGCCCCAACGCUGAACCAGUCACUGAAACAGAAGAAUUAUCCCGUGUUAUACCAGUUAUAAAGCUCAUCAGAUCUCUGCCUGAAGCGUCCAAGAUCGCAAUCAGCAUUGACACAUACCGUGCUAAUGUGGCUGAAGCAGCUGUUAACGUAGGCGCGGAUAUAAUAAACGAUAUAUCAGCUGGCCUCCUCGAUCUAGAGAUGCUUCCUACCAUGGCCCGGCUGCAGAAAACAGUCAUGCUCUCACAUACGCGGGGAACACCAAAGACAAUGAACAAACUCACACAUUACCCUGACGGUGUGCUAGCCGGAAUCCAAUCUGAGCUAGCAGAACGUGUCCAAGCCGCUGAACAGGCGGGUGUUCGACGAUGGCGCAUCAUUGCUGACCCGGGUGUAGGCUUUGCCAAAACACAAGACCAAAAUCUGACCAUUCUCAGAAACCUUGACCAGUUAAGGCAGGCAGAGCAGCUUGAGUAUAUGCCCUGGCUCGUGGGGGUCAGUAGAAAGGGGUUUGUUGGUCGUAUCACGGGAGUCAAGAAGGCUGAUGAACGCACUUGGGGUACUGCUGCGGCUGUUACGGCAGCUAUCAGCGGUGGGGCUGACAUUGUUCGUGUACACGAUGUCAAAGAGAUGGCUCAGGUUACUCGUAUGGCUGAUGCCAUCUUCAGGCCGAGCUUGUAG